AUGGUCGAUUCAUAUACGGAAAUCCACAAGUUGCCAUUAUCCGAAAAAUUAUUAUGUUAUUACAAAGAACGUGUUGAAAAAUCUGAAGACGAGUAUCAACGCGCCAUUGAACUGAUUAAUCAAUGCACAGUGUCUUUCGAAGACCAUCAUAAGCUCACAUGGGAAUUAAAUCGAAUAUCACAAGAGUUGACAGACGUGCGCAGGACUUUGAGUGAUGUCCAAUCACUUUACGCGAACGAGCGCCGAAAUUAUAUAAAGGUUGCCGCCGAGAAUGACAAACUGAAAAUUCAGGAAUCUCAAGAUCGACGGAAAAUUCGAUAUCUAUUGUCGAUAACGCAAUCUGGCGAUGAAGGCGAAAAACUUACGACUAAAAAGGCAAGACAAAGGGACUCUAGAGAUGAUGAAAUUAACUUUUUAAAAAUACGAGUGAAAGCAUUAGAAAAGCAAUGCGAGGAGCAGAAACAACAAUAUGAAGGGAUUAUAGUUGACUUGCAAGCGGAUAAACAAACAAAUGCUGAGGCAACAAAUAGACAACGAGAAUAUGAUACGCGUAGAAUACAAGAACUGACGACAAAGACACAAAAUCUAGAGAAAUUUUCUUCUUACAAGAUGAUUUUGUCACUAGAACUUUUGCAAGCAAGAAAGGAUAGGAAAUUAGAGGAACGUAGAUUGAAAGAGGAGGAAGCGAGAUUAUUGCAAGAAAUAACUGACCUGAAGUCAAUGAUUGUAGAAGAGAGAAAAGAAGCAGCAGAAAGGGCGCAAAUGGUAGAAGCUACAAUGUCGAAAAAGUACGAGAAUGUUAAAAAUGAACUUCGACAACAGGCUGGAAAAUAUGAAGAAAAACUUAGAAGUUUGAAGUUAGAGAAGGAACAAGUGGAAACCUCAUCUCGUAAAACCGUUGAGCUAUUACAGAGGAAACUAGAUAGUUUAACUGCUAACUACAAGACGUUGGAAAAGCGUCGCAAUUACGACUUGGAAGAAUUCACGAAUGAAAUAACAAUGAUCAGCCAGGUGAUGAAUGGACUGGAAAGACAAAUGUUGAAACACGCACCGAUUGAUGAAUAUGCAACACUGGAUCAUGAUACAGAUGAAAAACGAGCAGAGGUAUCAAACAAUAUACGAGAAUUAAAGGACCGAGUUUAUUCAAUGAGUAAACGCUUUGCAGAUGCCAUCAGAUAA